AUGGCAACAGGGCCAGUGCGAGAGCAGCUGGAGACUGAAGAUGUUCUCGUAUAUCCCACCGGGUUCAAGCGAGGGCUCGUUCUCUUCUCAAUUCUCCUCUGCGUCGUCUUUGUCGGCCUCGACAUGACCAUCGUCGCGGUGGCCGUCCCUAGCCUCUCCAACCAGUUCAAGCAGCUAAACGACAUUGGAUGGUAUUCAGCAUCCUACCAGCUGAUCGCCAGCAGUUUCAUCUUCUUCUUCGCCCGGCUGUACACGGUCUUCCCCAUGAAAUCCAUCUUCCUAGUCUCUAUAUUCCUAUUUGAGCUCGGCUCGCUCCUCUGCACCGUCGCCCCGACCAGUGCGACGUUCAUCCUUGGCCGCGCCAUCGCAGGCUUAGGCAGUAGCGGUGUCCAGACAGGCAGCAUUGUGCUGCUGACCAGUCAACUGCCUGUGCAUAAGCGGCCAUUCUGGACCGGGAUCGUAGGCGCAGGCUCCAACAUAGCCAUGGUGAUUGCUCCCCUUAUCGGUGGCGUGCUAAUCGACGCCUUCUCCUGGAGGGCUUGUUUCGGAAUCAACUUGCCCAUCGGGGCUAUUGCAAGCGGGUUCAUCGCAUACGGGUUCCAAAUGCCGGCGAACCCCCCUCACGAAGCCGGGUUGCCCGUGGUGGAAAUGUGCCAGCGGCUCGACAUUGCGGGGACGCUGGUAUUCGUACCUGCCAUUGUCUGCCUACUAAUCGGGCUACAAUGGGGCGGCCUCAAAUACGGCUGGACCGAUGCGCGGAUUAUCGUGCUGCUGGUGGUCUUUCCCGUGUUCAUCGGCGUCUUUGCGGUUAUGCAGUGCCGUAAGAAGGAAGAUGCGACCCUUCCCCCGCGCAUUAUGACGCAGCGCAGUGUCCUGGCUGGCGCUUGGUUUAAUGCUUGCAGCAAUGGUAUCCUCGCCGUUACUGAGUACUAUAUGUCGAUCUACUUCCAGGGGGUGCGCGGGUUUAGUGCUACGAAAUCUGGCGCUAUGGGCUUGCCGCUCUUUGCGGGUAUGGCUGUGACAGUCCUCACGGCCGGUGUAGGGACCACAUGGAUGGGGUAUUAUUACCCUUUUAUGCUUAUUAGCUCAGUCCUCAUGCCUAUCGCCUCCGGGCUGCUUAUCACAAUCGAAUACAAUGACGCCCUGGUCAAAAUCAUCCUACUCCUGACCUUUCUCGGCGCCGGCGUGGGGCUGGGACUUCAAGCGCCAGUGUUCGCCGUGCAGACCGUUCUCCCAGACAAGGACAUCGCCACCGGGGUUGCAAUCACCGGGUUCACGGGGCUUCUCGCAUCUGCGCUUUUUGUUUCGGUUUCUGCUGUGCUGUUUCAGAGCCGAUUGGCCAUCGAAGUGGAGCGCCAUUCGCCGGGGACUGACCGGAACAUUUUUGACCACGGAGGCCUGGUGGAUGUGAGGGAGCAGAUUGGAUCUGCUAGACUCGGUGCUGUGCUUUCUGGAUAUGACGAGGCGGUGAUUCAGACGCUUUAUAUUCCUGUUGCGUUGGCUUCGUUAUCGAUUUUGGCGAGUGUGGCAAUGGAGAGGAGGAGUGUUAAGACGACUCAGUGA